AUGAUGCUCCAACGGAUUAUGGUAGAUCUUGAUAAAGAAAAUGACAUUCACAUUCGAUAUCGUAUCGGUGGAAGCUCAUUCAACUUAUGGCGACAGACGGCCCACACCAAAACCACCAAUCACUCUGUCCGAGAGCUAAUUUUUGUUUGCGAUGAAGCCUUUGUUGCUCACAAAGAAACAGCUCUGCAGAG